CGACUACAAGCGCUGCCACCUGAGGAGCCCGGUAGCCAAGGCAGCGGCCGGCUCAACCAAGACCUCGCGAGGCCUAGCAGGCAUCGCGAGAACUGACUUCUCGUUCCCUACAGCGGGCGUUCUUUCCGGGGUCUAUGGGAGGGCUGUGGCGUACGGGAUGCAGGGGUGUUGUUUUUUGUGGCUGGCGUUGGAGCCACCCUGGGUCGCCGGCCAGGGCGGCGGAGAGAGUAGAGGCGUUUCUUAGGCCAGGGUGGAAUGGGACAGGAGAUGCCGAGUGGGGACUGAGGCGGCUAGGGACGUGGAGGCGCACGGAUCCUCGAGCUCGGGACCGGGCCGUGCAGCCGCUGUGGCGGCCGAAGAGCACGAACCCUUUCACUCGCGCGCAGGAGGAGGACUGGCGGCGGCGGAACAAGACGGUCCUCACGUAUGUGGCCGCGGCCGCCGUGGGCAUGCUGGGGGCUUCCUAUGCCGCCGUGCCCCUUUAUCGCCUUUAUUGCCAGACUACCGGACUUGGAGGAUCAGCAGUUGCAGGUCAUGCAUCAGAUCAGAUUGAAAACAUGGUGCCUGUUAAGGAUCGAAUAAUUAAAGUUACCUUUAAUGCAGAUGUGCAUGCAAGUCUUCAGUGGAACUUUAGACCUCAGCAAACAGAAAUAUAUGUGGUGCCAGGAGAGACUGCACUGGCGUUUUAUAAAGCUAAGAAUCCUACUGACAAACCAGUAAUUGGAAUUUCUACAUACAACGUUGUUCCAUUUGAAGCUGGGCAGUAUUUCAAUAAAAUACAGUGCUUCUGUUUUGAAGAACAAAGGCUUAAUCCUCAAGAGGAAGUAGAUAUGCCAGUGUUUUUCUACAUUGAUCCUGAAUUUGCUGAAGAUCCAAAAAUGGUGAAUGUCGAUCUCAUCACCCUUUCUUAUACUUUUUUUGAAGCAAAAGAAGGAUACAAGUUGCCAGUUCCAGGCUAUAACUGAUGUCAGCAACUAAGUCCUGCUUCAAAUUUAUGAUUUUUGAAAAAUCAUGUAUCCUGCCUUCUUAGAGGAGAAAUAUUCUACAAUAAUGUGAACCCUAUUUUAAAUGGUUCUACCUGUUUUUUUCCUUUGAUUUACCCCACUUAAAAGCUGAACCUGUUCUUAGUUUUUCUCAUAUAUUCUAAAUAGGCAUAUGGGUUUCUUCUGAUGAUUCAACCAAAUUAGACCUUCAUAUUUGUAGCAGUGAAUCUGAGAAUUAAAAAAAAAAAAUUUAUGCCCAGGGUUAUCUGUUUCAGGUCAUAAGCCAGAACUUAUGAUCAUAUUUAUUAUUAUGUCUAAAUUAGUUGGUUGCUAUUUUCUUUCAGCAUGAACAGUCACUAUUUUAAAAGCUCAGAGUAGGAGUCACUAAACCCUAACAGCUUGCUCAAAGAUUUACAUUCUUAUUUAAAAUUUGACUUUAUUUUUCCUUUAAGAACUAGAGCUAUUUUAUAUUCAGAGUUAAUUGUGGUAUCAUGAAAUUGAAAUAAAAUACAUAAGCAGCUACUAAGCUGCUAGCAUUUACUGUCAUAGUUCCAAGUCCCUGGAUGUCAAAAUGUAAUGGUGGGAUUGUGAAGAUUUCUUCUGGGAACAAACUGUGUAAAAAAGACGUAUUAAAUUAUUUUAAUAGUAAUUUAUUUGUCGUAAUUUAUGUAAACGAAUGUUUUCCAGUAGUCUUUUUACAAAUAGAAAUGUUAAGUUAGAGUAAAAAGAAAAAAAAGGAACACUUAGCAUUACAAAGAAUGAUAUUUAAAGGCCACCCCACACAGUCUAGUGACCUGUUCAGGACACCUGAAAUAUAAUUAAACUACAGUCAUCGAGGGUUUAACAAUAAUUCUAAGUCAUUAUUUAUAAAGAAGUGCAAAUUGACUUUUACAUUCAACUUUAGUUAAAUGAAGGCACUCAACGUUCUUCCUGAGGGAUACAUUAAGUUUCUCACAUUUCAUGCUAAUAUCUACUCAAUUAUUUUGUAGUAAAAUAAUCUUCAUCUACUGUUACCACAGCUGUAUAAUGAUGUCUAAAUGUAGAAAGACCAGCGAGACAUAAGAUACUGCAAUUAAACUGGUUGGCCUAAGUACUAAGUAAUUUUUCUUCUGCUGAAAUUUUAAGUGAAUAUUUGUUACAAACAAAUUCUAUUGAAAAAAUCUUGAGCUGUUGAAACCAUAAAUGUUACCCUGGAACUGUUACUUUUCCAUUUAAUCUUCCCAAUAGCAGAGGAGAAAUGUUUCACCGUGGCUUUUAACAUGUUAGUAGGUCUUCUGGGCCUCAAAGCUGGACAGGGUCUACCCUUUAGAGAGUUGGCACCCAUGAUGUGGCUAGUGAGCUGUUCAUCCACUUUCACCUAAAAUAAAGAGAAGAAAAUGGC